AUGGUCAGUGCUGUGCUGCUCCGCAGGGGAUCUAACAUCUCCAGCAAUGGCGUCUGCGGGGAGACCUUGAAGAUCUUCCACUCGUGCAUAGACAUCGAGGCCAUCCGCUGGGGCCAUGCUGCUUCUGAGAGAGGUGCCGUGGCAUUUCGCCAUGAACUAGCACACAACAUCGGUGCAGUGCAGGUGACGGAGCAGGACCUUGCAAUGAGCUCCAUCGCAGCUCAUGGCGAGGGCGACCGUUCCAGCUUCGUGGAUGUGGUGCGAAACACCAUCAAGUUCCAGCGCUGCCUUGUGCAGGCCAUGGACUUUAACGACUCCCCUCUGCUGCAGCUCCCUCACGUCAGGUUAAGCCUGCCAGAGAUUUGGACCUCCAACUGCCUCCAACUCCACUCCCUGAAGAGGCCCGAGCAUGGAGUAGUGGAAGCCACGUGCCUGCAGGUGGUGGAGUCUGGUGGCGAGCCGAAUGUUCUCCGCCGGCUGGGCAACUUCACCUCUGAGCAGGUCUUGGACAUCCAAGCCUUCUGCAGACACGCACCCCUUGUGGAGCUCAGCUAUGUAGUCGAGGUAAACGAUGAGCCAGACAUGGCUGAGGGUGACAUGGGCACCCUCAACAUCACCCUCACGCGCACGAACCUGGACGCGGCCGAAAGUGUCGGUGCAGUUCAUGCGCCUCUCUUUCCUGGCGUGAAGUUCGAGGAGUGGUGGCUGUUGGUCUAUGACAAUCGUGGUCGAAGGAUGAUCGCUACGGACCUUGUCCUGGGCACGGGCAAAGUGUGCAAGAGCAACGUGACGUUUAUCGUUCCACGCCCCGGUGAAUUCAGCUGGACGGUCCACGCGAUGUGCGACUCCUACGCAGGCCUGGAUGUGCAGUGUGACGUCCUUUUUCGUGCAGCGAAGAAGAGCGAGGUGGACAGGUCUGCCGUGGGGAACAACAUGCGUGCCUCACGUACGAAGCUCCUUCACUGGCAGCAGGAUGCAGAGAUUCGGACUCUCUUCGAGGAGCUUAUGAUGGGAUUGGACCAGGAUCAGGAGUCCGAUUCCGAGGAGGAGGAAGAGCCAGCAUCCAGAGAGCAGCAGCUGCAGAAGCGCGAGGCCAAGAAGGCCGAGGGCGCCAAAGUGGUGGAGGCUGUAGAGGCCACGGAGGCUGUAGACGCCAAGCCGGCCAAGGAGGCCACAAAGGCGGAGAGCGCCGAGGUGGAGGCCUGGCAGGGAAGCUUGUGUCAUCAUAUGUUUCCUCUACAAGUGGGUUCUGAUUUUGCAUUGCAGGUCUCCAAGCCGUCAGCCAAGGCCCAAGGCGGGCUGUGCCCAUCUGUGAUUCCAAUUCGCAGUCAGAUUCCCCAAGUUGUCGGUAAGCCAUGGGAGCGAUGCGCAUUUGAUGCUGUUCAUCGUGCUGUUCUCCCUUUUGAAGCUUCCGACUCUGCAGGGGCACUGUCAGAUGACGAAGAUGAGGAGGAGCGGGCAAUUCAUGAUGAGAGCCCGCAUGCCAGUUUCGUGCGGGUUGUGGACACCACGGGAACCUUCCUCUACCGCGAGCCGGACGAGGACCCGUCAAAGCGCAUUGGAUCCGUGCCUAGGGACACAGUGCUGCGAGGCUUUGUGGAGGACCGGCCGGAAGGCUGGAUGGAAAUGGCCACCGGCACUGGCCAAGGACCUGCAGUUCCGACACAUUCCUACCCGAGUGUGGGCUGCUGGCUCGGGUUCCGGAAGCGAAGAAGCGAGGUGUUGGAGAUUCGAGUGGUCAAGCUCGACGGAGCGCUGAAGACGGACCAAGAGAACGCGGUUCCCGGACAGCCUGUCGAGCGUCUUGCCGGUCUCACAAACCUUAGUCUCUGUGACCUGGUCAAGGCACACGCGCCCGUGGUCCUGCUGAAGCGAUGGACAAAGUUCUCGCCUGACUGCGGCGCCUGUGAGAUUACUCUGAAUCGACCAGACAAGCUGAAUGCCCUCAACCUGAACAUGAUUCGCCGACUACAUGAAGCGGUUGACCAAGUAGACGCGAAGUCCGGCAAGGUCGGAUGCCUCAUUAUGGAUGGAGCCGGCGGCAAAGCAUUCUGUGCAGGUGGGGACGUGCAGAUGAUCCGGGAGGAGGGUCUCGCUGGUGGUUCGCUCCCUGCGGAUUUCUUCUUCGAGGAGUACGGAAUCGUUUUCAGACUGGCAACCCUGUUUGAUCGGACAGGCUGUUGCCAGGUCAGUCUUUUUGACGGCAUCACGAUGGGUGGUGGCGUCGGCUUGUCCACACACGGCCCUUUUCGCAUCGUCACCGAGAAGACUCGCUUUGCCAUGCCAGAGAUGGCCAUUGGCCUCUUUCCUGAUGUCGGUGCGACUCAGCUUUUAUGUCACCUCAAAGCGGGGGCUGCAGUUGGUCUUUUCCUUGGCAUCACUGGCACUAACAUCUCUGCGUGGGACUGCCUCCGAGCAGGAGUUGCAACCCACUACGUCCCAUCGGCUCGUUUGCCUGAACUUCGGGAGAAGCUUGUCGCCAGGUUCAAGCCUGGCCUGGUCGGAGAGGCAGCCAUGAAGCUCUGCGAGGACAUCAUCGAGGAGACCAGCAGCGGCUCAUCAGUACCCUGCGAGAAGUGCGUGCUGUCCGAUGAGAACCUUGCUAUUGUGAACAGGUGUUUCAAUGCAUCCACAGUCGAGGAGAUAGUCGCGCGCCUUCGCGCUGAGACCUGCGCUUUUGCGGCUGAGACGCUGCAGAAGAUGCUCCGGUCCUGCUCUCCGACUUCAUGCAAGGUAACGCUGCAGGCAAUGCAGGACACACUGCGUACGCGCAGAAGCAUCGGCGAGGUGCUGCAGACGGAGUACCGCCUGUCGCAGAGGUUCACCACACGCCCGCAGCCGCUCUCGGACUUCUUCGAGGGCAUCCGUGCUGUGUUGGUAGACAAGGACCGCAAGCAGAAGUGGAACCCCUCGUGGGACUCUCUCCACGAGGUGACGGAGGCCAAGGUCGCGGAAUUCUUCUCCCCACUGGACCCUGGCCAUUCCCGGGGCGAGCUGCGCUUGGAGGUGAAUCGAGACGAUCGGCAUUUCCUGAGGAUACGCCACGCGACCAAAGAAGUCACGGCGGAAGACAUGCUGCAGGUGCGAGACAUUGACGUGCCACGCGCUCGAUUCCUAGCAGAGGAUCUCUUGUAUCGACGCUUGGGAGAGCAAAAGUUCUCCAAGCUCUUGGAUGAAGCAGAGGUGCUGACCAAGAAGUUUCAGACUCGCAUCCAGAAAGCCCGUGGGUUUUUUGAGACACCCAAUGGCAUCAUCUGGCACGUAACUCCAGACGGUGAGGUAAAGGGACUCCACGCAGACGGUUCACGAAUCCGUGAUCGUGUCCGGGUUGCUCCAGACGAUACGCUUCAGAUUGGGCCUUUUCGGCUGGAUGAAACGCGGAGUUGCAGCUGCAUCCACUGGCUUCGGAAGGAGUAUGGGGAUUCGAUGGUGGCCUACUGA